UUUAAAAAGUCCCUCCACCCCAAGGUCAGCUUCUCUUCUUCCCCUUCUACACCCUUUACCCCAUCCACCAAUGCAAACGAACCAGGUCCCCUCCCCUCCACAGAUGAUGAGCCUUGGCUCCGGGUCAAUGCAUACUUGAUCCAUGAUACUGCUGACUGGAAGGACCUGAACCUGAAGUUUGUGCUGCAGGUGUAUCGGGACUAUUACCUGACAGGCGACCAAGGCUUCCUUAAGGACAUGUGGCCCGUAUGCCUAGCUGUGAUGGAGUCUGAAAUGAAGUUUGACAAGGACCAUGAUGGACUCAUUGAGAAUGGAGGCUAUGCAGACCAGACCUAUGAUGGAUGGGUCACUACAGGCCCCAGUGCUUACUGUGGAGGGCUGUGGCUGGCAGCUGUGGCAGUGAUGGUCCAGAUGGCUGCUCUGUGUGGGGCACAGGACGUCCAGGAGAAGUUUACUUCCAUUCUCACCCGGGGCCAAGAAGCCUAUGAGAGACUGCUGUGGAAUGGCCGCUAUUAUAACUAUGAUAGCAGCUCUCAGCCUCAGUCUCGUAGUAUUAUGUCUGACCAGUGUGCUGGACAGUGGUUCCUGAAGGCCUGUGGCCUAGGAGAAGGAGACACUGAGGUGUUUCCUACCCCACAUGUGGUCCGUGCACUCCAAACUAUCUUCGAGUUCAAUGUCCAGGCCUUUGCAGGAGGGGCCAUGGGAGCUGUGAAUGGGAUGCAGCCCCAUGGCGUCCCUGACAGAUCCAGUGUGCAGUCUGAUGAAGUGUGGGUGGGUGUGGUGUACGGGCUGGCUGCCACCAUGAUCCAAGAGGGCCUGACCUGGGAGGGCUUCCGGACAGCUGAAGGCUGCUACCGGACUGUGUGGGAGCGCCUGGGCCUAGCCUUCCAGACCCCGGAGGCAUACUGCCAGCAGCGGGUGUUCCGUUCACUGGCUUACAUGCGGCCACUGAGCAUCUGGGCCAUGCAGCUGGCCCUGCAACAGCAGCAGCAGAAAAAGGCCUCCAGGCCAGUAGCUGAACAGGACAUAGGACUUAUCACAGGGCCUGUGUUUGGACUGAAGGAAGGCAUGGCAAACCUGAGCCCAGAGUAAGCCCUCUGAACUGUGGAAAUGAGGCGCUAACAGCCCAGCCUCCAGCCUGCCCUUUGCUCCCCCGACAUCUGAACAAACCUCCUGCAGCCCUGAGCCACCAGGACAAUCAUACCCCUUCCCUUUUCCCCAGCUGUGCCAGUAAACAAGGGAUGAGGACCA